AUGGCUUUGAAAAGAAUUCAAAAGGAAUUGGCAGAUUUAACAAAGAAUCCACCUCCAGGUGUCAGUGCAGGGCCCAUUGAUGAAGACAUGUUUCAUUGGCAAGGUAUCUUGAUAGGACCUCAAGGUACUCCUUACCAAGGUGGACGCUUCAAAUUAGACAUUGUGUUUUCUGCAGAUUAUCCAUUUAAACCACCAAAGAUGAAGUUUACUACCAAGAUCUAUCAUCCCAACAUUGAUGACGAAGGCUCCAUUUGUGUUGAUCUGUUGAAGGCUGAUAUUUGGAAGCCUGCCACCAAGCUGGUCAAUGUUUUGCAAGCAUUGGCCGCUUUAUUGCAAGCGCCUAAUCCCGAUGAUGCACUUGUUGCGUCCAUUGCUGAAGUCUACACCAAAGAUAGAGCAAAGUUCAACAAGAUUGCCAAAGACAUGGUUGAAAAGCAUGCCAAGUAA